AUGGCAGCCGAUAUGGUCCAAGUUGGUGGUCAAGGUAUCUCUUCCGGAUUCCGUGACGCCCUCUCACUGGCAUGGCGUCUUGCCAUGCUUUGUCGGUACCAUCCUUCAAAUACUCGAGUCCACCACGAAGUCCUCCGGUCGUGGUACCUAGAGCGCAAACAGCAACUGGAAAAGUCCCUGGCAGCGACCAUUGAGAACGGGAAGUUUGUCACCGAAAGUCAACCGCUGAAGUCCUUGGCAAGGGACUGGUAUUUCUGGCUAAUUCAGCUUGUUCCAAGUUGGAAGCGUCAACUUGAACUGGGGAGGCGUCGGGACGGCAUGGUGCGGUAUACACAUACCGACGGGAUGCCUUUCAUUCCUGAACUCAACGGAGGCCUCAGCCUUCCUCAGGUCUAUGGCAAGAGAACAAACGGAGAGGUUGUCUUCACUGAUGAUAUCAUCUUCCGCUCCCAGCAGGGAGAUCUCUUUCAUAUGUUCGUUUACCUGCACAGUAGCCAAGAGAUCCAGGAGAUCCGAAAGGCCCUACGGGAGGUCGAGCAGCUAUCCAAAGGCACGAUUGUGGCCAACAACGUCCCUAUUAUUGUUGAAGAACUGAAGAAAAAAGAAAUUGAGGAUUGCCCGAAUGACAUCAUCCAAUUAGCUACCAGCGAAGAUUUCGCGAGCUCUUCACUGUGCAACCAACGACCAAAACCUAUGCUUUAUGAUCCGUUUACCCUUGGCAAAGAAAUUCGCGGAAGGUACUGUAUUGUUCGACCUGACCGGUUCGUUUAUGCCGCCUGCAAUGAGAUCAAAGACCUACGAGAAGCCAUACAGAAGAUGCUCUCUUACUUGCACAAAACGUGA